GGUUAAUCAAAAUAACAGUACAUAUUUGUCUCAAACUUCGUAUCUUGGAUUACAUUGUACUUAAACAGCUGAGAACAGAGGGAGGUAGUCGUAGUGCUGUAUAAGAACUUGAGACUAUAAACAAGUAUAAAUAGUUUAGUUUAUUUGCAUGCCAUUGACACUUGUUUAAAUAACUAAUCAUUUGUUUGUGUAACAAGUCUUGGUUUAGAGGUGUAUUGUGUCACUUACCUUUUGCAUAUUCAAUAUUUGGUUUUGGAAUGCAUGUGCAUAGUGCACUAGUGUACAGUGACAAAAGUUUAUGAAGAGUGUACUUCCAGACCGGAUUUUGGGAUGCGCAUUAUGGCAGGAACUCCAAAAGAAAUCUGUGAUAAUUUAACACUAGCCAGAGAGUCCUCCAUGAUAGGAAACUAUGAAAGUGCUGAGGUGUACUAUGCUGGUACCAUGCAGUUGGUCACCCAGCUGAUCAUCCACAUCACAGAUCCCCUGAGAAAGGAUAAAUGGCUACAGGCCAAGCAAAGAAUUGCAUUGGAAUAUGAGAGAGUAAAGAGUAUCACAUCCACAUUGCACUCUCUAAGGCUAAGUGUGGGUACUGAAGCACCUUUGGGUGCUGGGAGAUCAAUGAUAUCAGAUGAGCCUGUGAAGGACUCCAGUGAUUUUAAUUCUGGUGACACUAAUGACCCACAUGUGUGGGCACCACCACCUCCAGGAGAUAGAGGGUAUACUGUUAAUAGAGUUCAAAAUGGGUCGAAACCAAAAACAACGAAAAAACCAGAACCACCACGAAGAUCAAACGCUCCCAACACCCGAGCAAGUUCGUCAACAUCACGGAUAUCAUCGGUACGACCCACAAAAGGUGGUAAGGUUGAAAGACCAUCAUCUUCAAAAUCAUCGCGCAAUCCAGACUCGAAUAAAUCCGCCAUCGAUAAGGAAAUUAAAGACGUAGAUAACGAGAAAGCAGAAAAGUCUGAUCCGGAAGAAGAGAAAAAGUUUGAAUGUCAUGGUAUGGACCGUGAUUUAGUAGAUACUCUUGAAAGGGAUAUUGUUCAGAAGAAUCCUAAUAUCAGAUGGGAAGAUAUUGCUGACCUCAAGGAGGCAAAACGUUUGCUUGAGGAAGCAGUGGUCCUUCCAAUGUGGAUGCCAAAGUUCUUUACUGGUAUCCGCCGACCGUGGAAAGGUGUCCUCAUGGUAGGACCACCAGGAACCGGUAAGACAAUGCUGGCGAAAGCCGUAGCCACCGAAUGCGAGACCACAUUCUUUAAUGUGUCAUCUUCGACGCUUACCUCGAAAUAUCGUGGUGAGUCUGAGAAGAUGGUACGUCUGCUAUUCGAAAUGGCAAGGUUUUACGCGCCUAGUACUAUUUUCAUUGAUGAAAUAGACUCGCUUUGCUCACGUCGUGGUUCAGAAUCAGAACAUGAAGCAUCCCGGCGGGUUAAAUCAGAACUAUUGGUUCAAAUGGACGGAAUUACAGCGAAUGUUGAAGAUGCUGGUAAAGUUGUGAUGGUGCUGGCAGCCACCAACUUUCCAUGGGACAUUGAUGAGGCUCUACGUAGACGUCUGGAAAAACGCAUUUAUAUUCCUCUGCCAACUCAGGAAGGUAGAGAAGCUCUAUUGCAGAUAAAUCUCAGAGAGGUGAAGCUUGAUCCGGAUGUUAACCUACCGGCAAUUGCAAAGAAAAUGCGAGGGUAUUCCGGUGCGGAUAUUACGAAUGUAUGCCGAGAUGCGUCGAUGAUGUCCAUGCGCAGGAAGAUCUUCGGGUUGAAACCGGAUCAGAUCAAACAGUUGCCCAAAGAGGAGCUGGACCUGCCUGUAACUGAGAGGGAUUUUGAGGAGGCCAUUGAUAAAAACAACAAAAGUGUGUCACAGGAUGAUUUAGACAAGUAUGAGAAGUGGAUGAAUGAGUUUGGAUCGUCAUGAUGGGGAGGAAGCAGUGCCUUUCAUAGAGUUAUUCCUGAUUAACUAGUUAAACCUACUAAAGCAUUUACUUAUUACAUUUAGUAAAAUUCCUAAACUCCUUACUUGAAUCAUUAACCUUUAAUUUCAAUAUUUUUAUUGAAUAUCUGAAGUUGCGCAUAAUUAUGCCAUAAGUAAUUUAAUAUCAAUGCUGUAUACGAUUGUAUAGUCGAAUCAAUAUUAUGUGCAAUGUGACGAAUAUAUCUAUAAUUUAAAGUGUUA